AUGCUGGUGGUCCUGCUCACAGCAGCGUUAUUGGCCCUGAGCUCUGUUCAGAGCUCAAAUGCAGCAAUCAUCUAUGGAAACCCUUCUUCGCAGCUCCUAGAGGGAGAACAGCAAAACCAAGGCCAUGGUCAACAGCAUCAGAGACCCCCUCCUGGAGAAUUCCCCCCAGGACCUUCUGCCUCUGAGGAAGAUGAUGGUGAAAAUGCUGAUGACAGUGAAGAACAGGGAAAUGCACCAGAGGAACCACCACAAGAAGGAGACAAUAACCAGCAACCUCGCCCUCCUAGACCUGGAAACCAGCAAGGCCCACCCCAGCAGGGAGGACAGCAGCAGAAUAAACCUCCUAGACCUGGAAACCAGCAAGGCCCACCCCAGCAGGGAGGACAGCAGCAGAACCAGCAAGGCCAACCCCAGCAGGGAGGACAGCAGCAGAACCAGCAAGGCCCACCCCAGCAGGGAGGACAGCAGCAGAAUAAACCUCCUAGACCUGGAAACCAGCAAGGCCCACCCCAGCAGGGAGGACAGCAGCAGAACCAGCAAGGCCCACCCCAGCAGGGAGGACAGCAGCAGAACCAGCAAGGCCCACCCCAGCAGGGAGGACAGCAGCAGAACCAGCAAGGCCCACCCCAGCAGGGAGGACAGCAGCAGAACCAGCAAGGCCCACCCCAGCAGGGAGGACAGCAACAGCAUAAACCUCCUAGACCUGGAAACCAGCAAGGCCCACCCCAGCAGGGAGGACAGCAACAACGCCCUCCUAGACCUGGAAACCAGCAAGGCCCACCCCAGCAGGGAGGCCAGCAGCAGAAUAAACCUCCUAGACCUGGAAACCAGCAAGGCCCACCCCAGCAGGGAGGACAGCAACAGAAUAAACCUCCUAGACCUGGAAACCAGCAAGGCCCACCCCAGCAGGGAGGACAGCAGCAGAACCAGCAAGGCAAACCCCAGCAGGGGGGACAGCAACAGAAUAAACCUCCUAGACCUGGAAACCAGCAAGGCCCACCCCAGCAGGGAGGACAGCAGCAGAACCAGCAAGGCCCACCCCAGCAGGGAGGACAGCAGCAGAAUAAACCUCCUAGACCUGGAAACCAGCAAGGCCCACCCCAGCAGGGAGGACAGCAGCAGAACCAGCAAGGCCCACCCCAGCAGGGAGGACAGCAGCAGAACCAGCAAGGCCCACCCCAGCAGGGAGGACAGCAACAGCAUAAACCUCCUAGACCUGGAAACCAGCAAGGCCCACCCCAGCAGGGAGGACAGCAACGCCCUCCUAGACCUGGAAACCAGCAAGGCCCACCCCAGCAGGGAGGACAGCAGCAGAAUAAACCUCCUAGACCUGGAAACCAGCAAGGCCCACCCCAGCAGGGAGGACAGCAGCAGAACCAGCAAGGCUCACCCCAGCAGGGAGGACAGCAGCAGAACCAGCAAGGCCCACCCCAGCAGGGAGGACAGCAGCAGAACCAGCAAGGCCCACCCCAGCAGGGAGGACAGCAGCAGAACCAGCAAGGCAAACCCCAGCAGGGGGGACAGCAACAGAAUAAACCUCCUAGACCUGGAAACCAGCAAGGCCCACCCCAGCAGGGAGGACAGCAGCAGAACCAGCAAGGCCCACCCCAGCAGGGAGGACAGCAGCAGAAUAAACCUCCUAGACCUGGAAACCAGCAAGGCCCACCCCAGCAGGGAGGACAGCAGCAGAACCAGCAAGGCCCACCCCAGCAGGGAGGACAGCAGCAGAACCAGCAAGGCCCACCUCAGCAGGGGGGACAGCAACAGAAUAAACCUCCUAGACCUGGAAACCAGCAAGGCCCACCCCAGCAGGGAGGACAGCAACAAAAUCGCCCUCCUAGAUCUGUAAAUCAACAAGAACCACCCCAGCAGAAUAAUGAUAAACAGUAUAGUUACCUGUGGAGAUUUUCUGGAUAA